AUGCUGGUCCCCGCCCUCCUCGGCCUCGUCUUCUGCUUCAGAGGGCGUGCAGGCGCGUCGCCCCAUUUCCUGCAACAGCCAGAGAAUCUGGUGGUGCUGCUGGGGGAAGAAGCCCGGCUGCCCUGUGCUCUGGGCGCGUACUGGGGGCUGGUCCAGUGGACUAAAGAUGGGCUGGCUCUAGGGGGUGAAAGGGAUCUACCAGGGUGGUCCCGGUACUGGAUAUCAGGAAAUGCAGCCAGUGGCCAGCACAACCUCCACAUUAGGCCUGUGGAGCUUGAAGAUGAAGCAUCAUAUGAAUGUCAGGCUACACAAGCAGGCCUUCGCUCGCGACCAGCCCAAUUGCAUGUGCUGGUGCCCCCAGAAGCCCCCCAGGUGCUGGGAGGCCCCUCUGUGUCUCUGGUUGCUGGAAUUCCUGCAAACCUGACCUGUCGAAGCCGUGGGGAUGCCCGCCCGACUCCUGAGCUGCUGUGGUUCCGAGAUGGGGUCCGACUGGAUGGGACCACCUUCCACCAGACUCUGCUGAAGGAAGGAAGCACUGGGUCAAUGGAGAGCACUUUAUCCCUGACCCCUUCAAGCAGUGAUGAUGGAGCCACCUUGGUCUGCCGAGCACGGAGUCAAGCUCUGCCGACAGGGAGAGACACAGCCAUCACACUGAGCCUGCAGUACCCCCCAGAGGUGACUCUGUCUGCUGAACCACAGACUGUGCAAGAAGGAGAGAAGGUCACUUUCCUGUGCCAGGCCACAGCCCAGCCUCCUGUCACUGGCUACAGGUGGGCGAAAGGGGGCUCCCCGGUGCUCGGGGCCCGCGGGCCAAGGUUAGAGGUCGUGGCGGACGCCUCGUUCCUGACUGAGCCCGUGUCCUGCGAGGUCAGCAACGCCGUGGGUAGCGCCAACCGCAGCACCGCACUGGACGUACUAUUCGGGCCGACUCUGCAGGCAAAGCCGGAGCCCAGGUCCGUGGACGUGGGGGAAGACGCCGCCUUCAGCUGUGCCUGGCGCGGGAACCCGCUCCCACGGGUAACCUGGACCCGCCGCGGUGGCGUGCAGGUGCUGGGCUCCGGGCCCACGCUUCGUCUUCCGUCGGUGGGGCCCGAGGAUGCAGGCGACUAUGUGUGCAGGGCCGAGCCGGGACUCUCGGGCUUGGGGGGCGGCGCCGCGGAGGCUAGGUUGACAGUGAACGCUCCCCCAGUGGUGACCGCCCUGCACUCUGCGCCUGCCUUCCUGAGGGGUCCCGCCCGCCUCCAGUGUCUAGUUUUCGCCUCCCCCGCGCCAGAAGCCGUGGUCUGGUCUUGGGAUGACGGCUUCCUGGAGGCCGGGGCGCAGGGCCGGUUCCUGGUGGAGACAUUCCCAGCACCGGAAGGCCGCGGGGGACAGGGUCCAGGCCUGAUCUCCGUGCUACAUAUUUCGGGGACCCAGGAGUCGGACUUUAGCAGGAGUUUCAACUGCAGUGCCCGGAACCGGCUGGGCGAGGGAGGCACCCGGGUCAGCCUGGGCCGGAGAGACGUGCUGCCCACUGUGCAGAUUGUGGCCGGAGUAGCCGCCGCGGCCACGACUCUCUUUAUGGUCAUCACUGGAGUGGCCCUCUGCUGCUGGCGCCACGCCUCUUUCUCCAAGAAAAAGAACCUGGUGCGAAUCCCAGGCAGCAGCGACGGCUCCAGUUCACGGGGUCCCGAGGAGGAGACCGGGAGCGGCGAGGACCGGGGCCCCAUUGCGCACACCCACAGUGACCUGGUUCUGGAUGAAGAAAGGGCUUUGGAGACCAAGGACCCAACCAACGGUUACUACAAGGUCCGGGGGGUCAGUGUGAGCCUGAGCCUUGGUGAAGCUCCUGGAGGAGGCCUCUUCCUGCCACCCCCCUCCCCCCUUGGACCCCCAGAGACCCCUUCCUUCUAUGACUUCAACCCGCACCUGGGCAUGGUCCCUCCCUGCAGACUGUAUAGAGCCCGUGCGGGUUAUCUCACCACACCACAUCCUCGAGCUUUCACCAGCUACACCAAACCCACAUCCUUUGGACCCCCAGAUCUGGUGCCAGGGACUCCUCCCUUCUCAUAUACUGCCUUCCCCAUACCUGGCCACCCACGUCUCCAGACUCAUGUGUGAUGUCUCUCCAUCUGAAGAGUCCUGGGAUCUUCAACUUGCCAUAAUGGAUUGUCCUGAUUUCCGAGCAACCACAACAAGUUGGCGACCUUACUCCUCCAAAAUUGAACAUUGGGGAAUGGAAAGAUCGUUAUAAUUGUCAGAAUCAUUGCUGUACCCUCAGCUCAGCCAAAGGGGAUGCCCCAACUGGGAGCAGGAUGACCUCUAUGUCCACCUAUUUCCCUCUGUAAAAGAGAUUCUAGAUGGCAGAUAGGCCCUUUGCAGAGGGAUGGGGACAGAGAGCAAUGGGAGUUAGGGGAAGAGAUGGAAGUUAUUUCUAGCCACUGAAAGAAGAUAUUUCAAGAUGACCCCCUGCACUGAGAAGAAAGGUAGUAUAGAAUAGAUCAAGGUGAAGGGCAGACCAGGCCCCACCUUGUCCUGGCUCUCCCUGAGGGGCACUUUGCUUGGCCAAUGGAAGUGCAGCUAAGGUAGCUGUUCACGCCCUGGGAACCCAAGGUGGCCACCAUCUUGAUUCUUUCCACCUUACUUAGAGACUCGGAAAGAAUUGGACUCAAGGAGUGGGGACAGGGUGAGAACUAUCACUGUGGGAAUGA